ACGACUUUCCGAUUUCAAUUUCGUUUUAAGUACUUUUUUAAUUACAGGUUUAAAAUGGAGAGGACAUUGUUCCUUGGAGCCCUCGGUAUUCUCAUUUCAGGCAUAGGGUUGGUAUCAGGAGAUUGUAUAUGGAAUUCCACUUGUGGAUGUAACCCAGACUUUGCAGAUACAGGUCCCAACUGUAUGAAGCUAAACUGUAGAUAUGAUGGACCCUCGUGGACUGCAGAACAGGAACACUUACAGCUUAUUAGAGAAGUGUGUCCACAUCUUGAAGAGGAAAUCUCUGGAGAUGGUAUUUGCUGCAGUGUUGAACAACUAGAACUUUUGAAAGUAAACUUUGUAGCUCCUGCACAACUUUUUAAAAAUAGUUGUCCAACAUGCUACUUUAACUUUGUGAAAAACUUUUGUGACUUGACAUGUUCACCGCACCAGUCUGAGUUUCUGAAAGUGGAAAAGUAUGUGACGGGACCAGGAUCAGGGGAUUAUGAAAACAUGACAAUGGAAAUGGUGAGCAGUGUACUUUAUCAUGUACAUAAGGAAUUCAAUGAAGCAACCUUUGACAGUUGCAAAAAUGUACAAUUUCCUGGAUUGUCUGGCACUGUCAUGGUAGUUGCAUGUGGCCCAUGGGGUGAAGACUAUUGUACUGCGGAAAGGUGGUGGAAUUAUCUAGGAACAACUGAAAAUGGAUACUCUCCUUUCGAUAUCAGUUAUGAAUACGGUGAUACUACAACCUCAGAAACAGGAUUCACAUAUCACAACCAGCUUGUCACAUCCUGUAAAGAUCCACCACCAUUCAAUGACGGUUUAGCAAGUUAUGCAGGCUGCAAGUGCGUUGACUGUGAGGAUGCUUGUAGUGGCUCAUUGGAUGAACCCAAACUUGAACCUGUUGAAACUGAUUUUCUUAUCAGUGGGAUGGAUGGAAUGACAGUGAUUGCAGUGGCCAUUUUUACCAGCAUUACUCUUAUAUUUAUUUCCAUACAAUUGCGCUGGGUCGGAGAUGCAUUCCUUAAUGCAAUUUCCACUUUUUUCACUUGGUGGGGGAAAAUAGCUUCAACAUAUCCUAAAACUGUAAUUGGAUGCUCAUUAUUUAUUGCUAUUGGUCUCUCAAUAGGAAUCGUAAAUUUAGAAGUAACAACUGAUCCAAUAGAAUUAUGGGCAUCCCCACUCUCCCGGUCCAGAGUUGAAAAGGAUUUCUUUGAUUCUGAAUUUCGUCCCUUCUACAGAACUGCACAAGUCAUUAUAAAAUCAAUUGAAAGUCCAGAAAAUGAAAUUACACAGUUUAGCUAUACUGAUGUCUAUGGGGAAAAUAAAACAUAUGGACCUGUGUUCAAUAAGAAAUUUCUCCUUGAUGUGCUGACCUUACAAGAAAAAAUUCAAAACUUAACUUUUUCAUACAAGAAUGAAACAUUAUCACUUGUAGAUGUUUGCAACCAACCAUUAGGAAUAGGUUGCAACAUUCAAAACAUUUGGGGGUAUUGGCAAGAUUCUGCAGAUCUGCUAGAAAUAGAAGCAAAUGUUAGUGGCGGCCUCUACACGUACCUGGACCAUUUCUUAGAUUGUAGUAACAAUCCAGCUCUACCCUUUGAUGCAGCAAAUACUCCUUGCAUGUCAACCUGGGGUGGACCAGUUAGUCCUUACUAUAUAUUAGGAGGAUUCAUUCCCAAUGGAAAUACAGGAUUUCCGAAAAAUCCAAAGUACUAUGAAUCUACAGCACUUGUGAUGACAAUCAUUCUAGACAACUAUGAUACUAAAAGUACAGAUCUUGAUGAUAUCACUAGUCUUGAAAAAGCUAUGGCAUGGGAAGAGGUCUUCAUAGAUUUUAUGAAGGAUUGGGAAUCAAAUGAAAUGCCAAGAGAGUACAUGGAAAUAGCAUUUAAUUCAGAAAGAAGCAUUGAGGAUGAAUUGAACAGAGAAACCUAUGGUGAUCUGGCAACAAUUGCAAUAUCCUACAUUCUCAUGUUUCUUUACAUAACAAUAUCCCUUGGUCAGUACAACACGGCAUCAGUUUCAGGACUAAUGUUCGAAAGCAAGAUAACAUUGGGACUUUUUGGAGUGAUGAUUGUUUUGCUUUCUGUAUCUGCAUCAGUUGGAAUUUUUGGAAUGAUUGGCAUACCAGCAACUCUCAUUAUUUUUGAAAUUAUUCCAUUCCUUGUCCUAGCAGUUGGUGUGGAUAACAUUUUCAUUCUUGUUCAGUCCUAUCAGAGAAGUACAAGAAAGGAUUAUGAGAGCCAUGCAGAACAUGUUGGAAGAAUUGUUGGGGAAAUUGCACCAUCGAUGCUGCUAAGCUCAGUCUCAGAAUCAACAUGUUUCUUUUUGGGAUCUUUAUCAGACAUGCCAGCUGUGAGAGCAUUUGCCUUGUAUGCAGGAAUGGCCUUAUUAAUUGACUUUUUCAUGCAAAUUACAUGUUUUGUGGCGCUCAUUUCUUUAGACAUGGAACGCCAGGAAAAUACCAAAAAAUAUAAACUUUGUUGUUUAAAACCAUACCAUGUUGGAGACUCAAAGAAGAAAGAUAAUGGAUCACUGUAUUGGUUUUUUCAACAUUUAUACGCUCCAAUGCUCAUGAAGAUAUGGAUAAGAAAUAUUGUUAUGAUUGUCUUUAUUGGAUUUUUUUGUACCUCAUUGGCUGUAGGUUCAAAAGUGGAAGUUGGCUUGGAUCAAGAAGUCUCAAUGCCUGAAGACUCAUUUGUCCUUAAAUAUUUUCUUUUUCUGAAGGAUUAUCUUUCUGUUGGACCACCAGUUUAUUUUGUUGUCAACAACACUAAUGGGGCUCUAGACUUCUCAAAGCCAGAAGAUCAAAAUAAACUUUGCAUGGGCCAUGCUAGGUGCAAUGAAGUCUCACUUGGAACGCUAGCACAUUCAUGGGCUAAAAUACCAGAGGAAUCCUUUCUUGCAACAUCUGCUAUGAACUGGGUAGAUAAUUAUAUUAGUUGGGUGUCUGAUCCAGCUUGCUGUAGAUAUUUUGAUCAUGUAGCCAUUAACACAUCAACUCCCAAGAUUCCGUGUCCAUCAGAAGAAGAUACAGAAAUUUGUCUUCCUUGUGAAAUUUCAACAGAACCAUCAGAAAAAGAUUUCCAAGAAACAAUUGGAUGGUUUCUGGAUGCGAAUCCAAUUGAAGACUGUCCAAGUGGCGGGCAUGCAGCCUUUGGUGAUGGGGUUCAGAUUGUAGAGAUUUAUGAAAAUCAAUUAAAUUUUACUACUGGAUAUGAUCAACCAAGGUAUGAGGUGGUGCACUCAAACAUGAUGGCCUUCCACACUAUUCUAAAGACCAGCAAAGAUUACUAUUCUGCCUUGAUAAGAGCUAGAGAACUCUCAGCUCAAAUGACCGAAGUCAUGAACGAUGGACAAGAUCCUGAAAAUCAUGUCACUGUUUUCCCGUACUCCAUCUUUUAUGUGUUUUAUGAACAAUAUCUUACUAUGUGGGAAGAUACCAUGCAGUCACUGGUUAUAUCCCUUGGAGCCAUUUUCAUUGUGACCUUUAUAUUGAUGGGAUUUGAUCUUAUCUCCUCUGUUAUCAUCAUCAUUACAAUAUUCUUCAUCCUUGUCAAUCUUAUCGGGGUUAUGUACUGGUGGCAUAUCACCCUGAAUGCAGUGUCUCUCGUGAAUCUAGUGAUGGCUGUUGGAAUCAGUGUCGAGUUUUGCAGUCAUAUCACAAGAACCUUUGCCAUGGAGCCUGGUGCAGACAAGGUUAAACGUGCUGAAGCUGCUUUGAUAAAGAUGGGCAGUUCAGUUCUUUCAGGAAUAACUUUAACUAAAUUUUCUGGAAUAAUCGUGCUGGGCUUUGCAAAGUCUCAAAUUUUCACAAUUUUUUACUUCAGAAUGUACCUUUCUAUUGUUCUAAUUGGUGCAGCACAUGGCCUGAUUUUCCUUCCUGUUGUCCUAUCAUAUUUUGGCCCUGAGGAAAGGGAGCAUAUGACCAAACGAAAACAUCUCAACAAAGUGUAGGCAGAAAGUUCUAUGUUUAAGAUUUUCUAAUAUAAAGUUGCUAGAAAUCAUUA